AUGGGCGCCGGCCGUGUCUGCCGUGGCGGCCCCUCCCCUGCCGCCGGCGCCGCCACAGGGCGGCCGUUCCGACGCUCGCCACGUCCUCCUCCGCCUCCCCUUCCUAGGCCCCCUCCGAGACGGCGUCCACGUCGGUCAUCAAGACGAUGUCCUCGUCCAUUGCUUUGCUGGGGUGUCGAGGAGAGAUCUGUUUCCUGCAUUGUUGUUCCCCAGCCGGCGGGCGUCGUGGGAGCCCGGUGCGGUGGAGAACCUAGAGAUAUCUCUGAAGCAUAUCAGGUCAAAAAGAAUCAAAUGUUACUUGAUCAGCUCUUUGAUCUCAAAAGUAAGGAACAGGAAUUGCAGGAUCCAUUCUUUGGGACCCUUCUCAUGGAUAAGAGUGGAAGAGCCCUUCUUUUGGUACAUUGGGAAUCGAUGGGUAUAUGUGAAUCAACAUUGUGCUCUGCAGCUGGACGGUGGGCAUCUAUCUGCUCUCAUCGUUCAGCUGUUUGUGGUUUUGCUUCAGGACUGAUCACUGGAGGCUUGAUCCUGCUGGGCCUGAUCUGCACUCGUUCCAGGUUAACUCAGAUGCAUUGUGUCCUUUGUCCUGUGAGUCAGAAUGCGAGGCAGCUGCUGAGCGAGUGCGUGGCAUCGCACCUGCGGCACAAGGAUGUAGCUCUGGAGUACGGGUCAGGGCUGCAGUCCUCCAGUGGGAGAAUAUUGCUCCAGAGCUUGCCAGGGACUAAACUCUAUCGCGAGAGAUUUGUGAGGGCUCUUGCCAAUGAGUUGAUUGUGGCGAAGACUGUUCAGAGAGUGAGGGAGAGGAUAAUCAUGCAGAGCGCAGAGGUAGAGGAUAAAGGUUCAGAAUCAGAGGUCGAUGGUAAAGGUGAUGAAAGUGAUGAUGAUGGCACAGUCCAAUCAGAGUGA